AUGUCUGUCAAGAACCCCGAUUUCCCUGCCUCGGCCGCCUUUGACGCGAUCAACGAGGCUCUCGCCGACGAAGCCCAGCGCAAGGAUGCCAUCAAGCAGGCUGCUGGCGUCUACGCCUUCACCCUGACCAACUCCGCCGGCAAGGAGGCUUCGUGGCACAUUGACCUGAAGCAGUCCGGCAAGGUCGGCACCGGCGUUGCUCCCGCUGGUGGAAAGGCCGAUGUCACCCUUGUUCUCGGCGAAGACGACUUCUCGAGCCUGGUCUCCGGCAAGGCCAAUGCGCAGCGCCUUUUCAUGGGCGGAAAGCUCAAGAUCAAGGGCAACAUCAUGAAGGCCACCAAGUUGGACCCCGUCUUGAAGAAGGCCCAGACCAAGGCCAAGCUGUAA